AUGACUCGAACCACUUUGCUUGACCGAGAUUGCGUUGUCACCGAUAGAGGAGGCAUUAUUGAGAAUACGCACGGCGUACACAUCGCCGUAACGGAUACAGAGGGUAAUAUCCUCCUCUCAGCUGGGAACCCCUCUCGUGUUACCCAUUCUCGAUCCGCAGCCAAGCCUGCCCAGGCCGUCGCUGUGAUCGAGACUGGCGCAGUGGAUAAGUUUGGAUUCGAUGAGACUGAUCUUGCUCUGAUGUGUGCCUCGCACUCAAGUGAGGAUUUUCACAUCGCGCGCGCCAAGAAAAUGCUGAGCAAGAUUAAAGCGGAGGAAGAUGAUCUUCGAUGUGGCGGUCACCCUGCCGUUUCUGAAGAGGUGAACCGUGAGUGGAUAAAGACUGGAUUCGAGCCAACGGGAAUCUGUAACAAUUGCUCCGGAAAGCAUGUUGCGAUGAUGGCCGGUGCUGAAGCGUUGGGAGCUGAUGUCAGAGACUAUCAUUUGCCGGAUCAUCCUAUGCAGCUUGAGGUCAAAAGGGUUGUCAACGACCUGGCUUAUGACCCGAAACAAGUAGAAUGGGGUGUUGAUGGAUGCAAUCUUCCAGCACCGGCAUAUCCUCUUUUCUAUCUAGCACAAAAAUAUGCAACCUUCGCCGACGCAGCGGACGCUGUGAAGGCAUCUUCACCAACAACUCAAAGGACCCAAAACCUGGCACGCGUCUUUAACGCCAUGACGAAACAUCCAGAGCAAGUCGGCGGAACAGGACGUUUCUGUACAGUUCUGAUGCAGAGCUAUCAAGGGCAACUGUUUGGCAAAGUUGGUGCUGAUGCGUCUUAUGGAAUAGGCGUUCGAGAGUCUAAAGAUACUCGGCGCCUUGGGGCGAAAGGGGCACUUGGAAUAGCCGCCAAGAUCGAGGACGGUAAUCUUGAGAUCCUCUAUGCGGUUGUUCCAGAGAUUCUCGAACAGUUAGGCAUCGGUACGCCCGAGCAAAGAGGAAGACUAGAUGGCUUUCACCAUCUUCAGCGGAGCAAUACAAUGAGAGAAGUAACGGGGCAUGUGAGAUUCAAUUUCAAAGUACGACCGUUUGGGGAUAGAGUAGACUAG